AUGGUGCCAAAACAGCCGGCCAAGAAAAAAGCCAAAUUUGGUGAGUUCUAUAUUCUUCAUCCACGCCAGUUAACAAUUCUUUCUGUCGUUGGACCUUUAUGCUUACAACUGUAUUGGGAUAUUCUGGUUGCCGGCAAUGCUGAAGAGAUGUGUUCCUGUUUUAGGUCUCAUUUGGUGGUAGAAAGUGAAUCCAAGAGACAGGCAGAGUUGAAAGAGGAAACAGUCUCAUUCGGCGCAGGUUCUCAUAUAAAGAAUACUGCUGUAAGGAUAGUUCAUGCUGGUGGGAGAAUUGAGCUCUAUCAAAAUGCAAUUCCUGCAUCUGAAUUGAUUCAGAGAUAUCCUGGGAUGCGUAUAGCACGGCCUGAUAUCUUCAAGCGCCCCCAUGAAUCUGUUUUAUCUGCUGACGACAUGUUAUUGCCGGGCAACAAAUACAUUAUCAUCCGGUCCACUACUGUAGAGAAAUUGAAACGCAGACACUCACGGGAAGCGAAUGUAAAUCAACAAGCUGGUAGUAAUGAGCCUAUCUUAGAUUUUAAAGAAAUUAAAGAUGUAGGAGAUAAUUAUUCAGAAGAAUCUUUUUGUUCUGCUAAAGACUUCUAUCUCUCUCAAGACAGUUGGUCAAACCAUUUUCUGAAGAAUCGAGUGAAAGAGAAGAAGCCAUUUGUACCCCCAAUCCAGAGGCCAAGAAUGUGGAAGGAAUCCGAUUGGGAGCCGAGUCUAACUUCAAUACAGGAGCUAUCUCCAUGA